AUGAUGAUACCCAAAGCCCAGGAGGAGACAACCAAAGGAUUUUCUGAUGAUACUCUCCAGCACAAGUCUGACCAGGCUAAUUUAGUCUCAGUGAAGGAGACAGUGGAGGGACUUGAUGAUGACAUUCCUGAUUUUGUUGAGUAUUUUACCCUCCACUUUUACAGCAUCGAUUUCUUCAAUGAUGUUGCACAAGUUGUUCAUGUUCGCCUUAUUGUAAACCACAAGGGCAAGCAUUCGGGCUAUGGCUUUGUUGAGUUUGCUUCUGCGAACGAAGCUAAGAAGGCUCUGGAAAAGAAGUCCGGUGAAUAUUUGCACGGUCAUCGGAUAUUUCUUCAUUUGGCUAAUUAUAAGAAACCUGCAUACUUUCUACCCAAGUAUUGCAUUGAUCACAAGGUUUGGUAUGAUGACUACCUUGGACGAGAAAGCUUUCUGAUAGAAGAUGAUGAGACAGAGGAAGGACUUGAUGACAGAGAAGGCCUUCUGAUAGAGAAAAACCAGGCAGAGGAAGGACUUUAUGACACUCCCGAUUCUUUUGAGAAAGUACUUUUUGUUGCCAAUCUCUCUCCCCAGACUAAAAUCUCAGAUAUCAAAGGUUUAUUCAAAUAUUUUGGAGUUGUUAGUGUUCGUCUUAUCGUAAACAACAAGGGUAAGCAUCUGGGCUAUGCCUUUGUUGAGUUUGCUUCUGCUUACCGCGCAAACAAGGCACUGAAAAAGAAGAACGGCGAAUAUUUGCAUGAUCGUCAGAUUUAUUUGAUGAAAGAACAUGAUGAAACUCCAGAUUAUGUUGAGGCGGUUGCCAUAGCGAAAAAGACACUCUUUGUUUCCCAUCUCUCUCCCCAAACUGAAAUAUCAGAUAUCAUCAAUUUCUUCAAAGAUGUCGGAGAAGUCGUUCAUGUUCAACUUACUUUAAACAACAAAGGCAGGCAUGUGGGCUAUGGCUUUGUUGAGUUUGCUUCUGCUGACGAAGAAGAGAAGGUGAGAGUAGUUUAUAGUAAUGAUGAAAAUAGGCAAGUAGUUAUAUUAAAGCGCUGGAAUCAUGAUCGCAAGAUUGUUCGUCGAGUGGUUGACGCUCCAUACCGUCCACCCAAGUAUUGCGUAGAUCACAAGGUUUGGUACGAUGACUACCUUCGACGAGAAGGCCUUCUUAUGGAAGAAAAUGAGGCAGUGAAAGGACUUUAUGAAACUCCUGAUUUUGUUGAGCCAUUUGCGGUAACAAAAAAGACGCUCUUUGCUUCCAAUCUCUCUCACCUAACUAAAAUAUCAGAUAUUAUCAGUUUCUUCAAAGAUGUUGGAGAAGUUGUUCGUGUUCGACUUAUUGUAGACCACAUGGGUAAGCCUGUGGGCUGUGGCUUUAUUGAGUUUGCUUCUGCUGAAGAAGCAGAGAAGGCGCUGGAAAAGAAGAAUGGUGAACGUUUGCGCUUUAGUAAGAUUUGUCUUGACAUGGCUGAGAUAGCUCCAUACCCUCUCCGACUCAAGUACAACCUUGCAGAGAAGCUUUGGUAUGAAGACAAACUUCGAGGAGGAAGCCUUGAUUUGGAGACCAAACCGAAAGUGGUACCUAAGUUCUGCGGUAAGAGGAUUAUCUUCUCUAACGACUGACUUAAGCCUCGCUUUGGAGAUUAAACCUAAGAAGAUUAUCUUCUCUCAUACGACGACGACUGAUAGAAGAAGCUCUUUGGUGUUUCUAAGUUGUGAUCCAAUGCAAUGUUUUUUUAUUACUUAGGUUUUUCGUAUUUGAGUCGAGUUUUGUCUGGAGGUACGUUAAAAUAUGCUUAAUGAGGUUUGGUAUUAAAUCA